CGCAGUCUUUGAACCAAAUUGCUUUUUCUCCAUUACCCCUUCUCUAUACCCAAUCAAUCUCAGUCCUCUCUAACCCUUCAACCUUAUCUCUGUUCUCUCUGCUUCCACCACACGUUUAAACCUCUGGGGCGUGGCAAGUUUAGGUCUUUUCACCCAUUUCCUCCACCCAUUAAGAUGGCCAUUCCCUACCCGCAUUUCAUCGCCACCGAGAACGCCGCCAUGGACGCCGGCAUCCUCCUCCCUUCCUCUCCCUCCGUCGUCUUCACCCAAGAUGACCUCAAGAAGAUUGCCGCCUACAAGGCCGUCGAGUACGUCGAAUCCGGCAUGGUUAUCGGCCUCGGCACAGCCAAGCUCGCCGUGGACCGCAUCGGAGAACUUCUCCGACAGGGCAAACUCAAAGACAUUGUCGGAAUCCCCACCUCCAACAUAACCCACGAACAGGCACUCUCCCUUGGGAUUCCCCUGUCCGAUCUCGACUCCCACCCCGUCGUCGAUCUGGCCAUCGACGGUGCCGACGAGGUUGAC